UAAAGCGCGCGUGCCCACCUCAGGCGGAUAUUCCGUGGGUGGUGAAUGCGUGCCCGAGAUCUGAGGGGGCAUUAGAGGGCCCUGGGCCUGGUGCAGAGAGACUCAAGAGGCUUGAAGAGCCAGCCUAGAGUUCAUUUACCAACCAAGAAAACUUGAAAAUGAGCAGCCGACGGAAACGUGCUCCUCCAGUGAAGGUAGAUGAGGAAAAGCAGCAACAGCUUCGUUGGAAUAUGCAUGAGAACAGAAGGAAUGAACCUCUCACCUUAACCGAUGAUGAGCACCCCUGUCUGGAUUCAGACUCCUCUUCUGCUCAUUGCCUCAUCCUAGACCAUAGUCUAACUGAAGAAGUGGCUCAUAGAGGUAAGAAGAGGUGUUUAGAGGCAGUAAGCAUCUCAAUGUCAAUGGAAAAAGAAGAGACUGUUGGGAUUUGUUCCCCUUCAUCAGUCAAGUUGGAUAUUGUGAUUUCUCCUUAUCAUUUUGAUAAUUCUUGGAAAGCAUUUCUAGGAGAAUUAAUUCUUCAGCUUCUUCCUGAACAGAGUUUAAUAGAAAAUUUUUCCGAAAAGAGUUUUACACUGGUGAGUUCAGACUCAAGCACUCAGUUCCUGAUCUAUGUUCAUUCGCAAUGUGAAGAUGUAGAGAAACAAGAAAAAGGACACAAAGAACCAACCAAUAUCUGUGACAAAGGUAUUCGAGUGGAAUCAUCUUUCAGUGGUAAAACAUUAGAAGAUUUGGGGUGGCUGCAAAAGAAGAGAAGAAUAAAACUUUACCAAAGACCAGAAGGAAAUCACAUUAUCAAGGUUGGAAUUUAUCUUUUGGAAGCUGGCCUAGCAAAACUAGACUUUUUAAGUGAUGCAAAUUCAAGAAUGAAAAAGUUCAAUCAGCUCAUGAAGAGAGUGAUGGAAAAGUUAUACAAUUUUGUUAUUCCAGAUGUGUUGGAAGAAGAUGAGGAGGAUUCAGAGAGUGAACCAGAGGGACAAGACAUUGAUGAGCUCUACCACUUUGUGAAGCGAACACAUCAGCAAGAAACACAGUCCAUCCAUGUGGAUGUCCAGCAUCCUGCACUAAUCCCUGUGUUGAGACCCUACCAGAGAGAGGCUGUCAAUUGGAUGCUACAACAAGAGCAUUUCAGAAGCACUCCUGCUGGUGAAAGUGCGCUGCACAUCUUAUGGCGAGAGAUUGUUACAUCUGAGGGUUUGAAACUCUACUAUAAUCCAUACACAGGCUGCAUCAUCCGUGAGUACCCAAAUUCUGGGCCACAGUUGCUUGGUGGGAUCUUAGCAGAUGAGAUGGGUCUUGGAAAGACAGUGGAGGUUUUGGCUCUGAUUCUAACACAUACUCGACAAGAUGUCAAACAAGAUGCUCUGACUCUUCCUGAGGGAAAAGUGGUGAAUUAUUUCAUUCCAUCGCAUCAUUUUGGAGGAAAAGUAAAAGACAUAGAAACCCAGAAUAUGGAAUUUGAACCAAAAGAAAAAGUUCACUGCCCCCCUACACGUGUGAUGAUCCUGACAGCUGUGAAAGAAAUGAAUGGGAAAAAAGGAGUUUCCAUCCUUUCCAUCUAUAAGUAUGUCAGUUCUAUAUAUAGAUAUGAUGUUCAACGGAACAGGAAUCUUCUGAAACGGAUGCUGAAAUGUUUAAUUUUCGAAGGUCUCGUGAAACAGAUCAAAGGCCAUGGUUUUUCUGGGACUUUUACAUUGGGAAAGAAUUACAAGGAAGAGGAUAUAUGUGAUAAAACAAAAAAACAGUCAGUAGGGAGUCCAAGGAAAUUUCAGAAAGAAUCCAGAAAAUCAGGGAACAAGGACACAGAUUCUGAAUACUUGCCAUCAAACACCUCUGAUGAUGAUGAUGAUCCUUACUGUUAUUAUUAUAAGACCAGGAGAAAUCGUAGUAAAUUGAGGAAAAAGCCUAUUCCAUCUACAAAAAAAGGCAAGAGUCAGCCUAACAACAAUUCUGAUUCACAAGGUCACUGUCCAGCUACCAGUGACUCUGGAAUUACUGAUGUUACCAUGUCUAAAAGUAUAUGUGUCUCUGAAGUCAAGCAAGAACAUAAAGCAAAGGACCAUGCUGAAUUUCCAAACCCUGCUGAUAGUGAUGUGCCACAUUCUAAUAUGAAUCCCUAUAAUACCUCUGAUUAUCGCUUUGAGUGCAUAUGUGGUGAACUUGACCAGAUAGACUGUAAGCCUCGUGUUCAGUGCCUGAAAUGCAACUUGUGGCAGCAUGCAAAAUGUGUGAAUUAUGAAGAGAAGAAUCUGAAGAUUAAGCCUUUUUACUGCCCCCAUUGCCUUGUUGCAAUGGAGCCAGUAUCAACAAGAGCAACUCUGAUCAUCUCUCCAAGUUCCAUCUGUCACCAAUGGGUGGAAGAGAUCAACAGGCAUGUGAGGUCAUCAUCUCUUCGAGUCUUGGUAUAUCAAGGAGUGAAGAAAGAUGGCUUUUUACAGCCUCAUUUUUUGGCAGAGCAGGAUAUAGUUAUCAUUACCUACGAUGUCCUUCGUUCAGAACUAAACUAUGUUGAUAUCCCACAUAGCAAUAGUGAGGAUGGGCGUCGCCUACGGAACCAGAAGCGCUAUAUGGCUAUUCCCAGCCCUCUAGUAGCUGUGGAGUGGUGGAGGAUUUGCCUUGAUGAAGCUCAGAUGGUUGAAUGUCCUGCAGUAAAAGCUGCAGAAAUGGCCCAGCGUUUGAGUGGAAUUAAUCGGUGGUGCAUCAGUGGUACCCCAGUACAGAGAGGAUUGGAGGAUCUGUUUGGGUUAGUGGUCUUUCUUGGUAUCGAGCCUUACUGUGUCAGACACUGGUGGGUUCGACUUCUCUAUCGCCCUUACUGCAAGAAGAGUCCUCAGCUCCUCUAUAGUUUUAUUGCCAAGAUACUGUGGAGGUCUGCAAAGAAAGAUGUGAUUGACCAAAUCCAGAUACCACCACAGACUGAAGAAAUGCACUGGCUCCACUUUUCUCCAGUGGAAAGGCAUUUCUAUCACCGUCAGCAUGAAGUGUGCUGCCAGGAUGCGGUGGUAAAGCUCAGGAAGAUUUCUGACUGGGCUCUGAAGCUCAGCAGCCUGGACCGAAGGACUGUCACCUCCAUCUUGUAUCCACUGCUGAGGCUCAGGCAGGCCUGCUGCCACCCUCAGGCUGUUCGUGGGGAGUUCUUACCACUCCAAAAAAGCACCAUGACAAUGGAAGAGUUGCUGACAUCUUUGCAGAAGAAAUGUGGGACUGAAUGUGAAGAAGCACAUCGGCAGCUAGUUUGUGCCCUCAAUGGCCUAGCAGGCAUCCAUAUCAUUAAAGGAGAGUAUGCCUCGGCAGCAGAACUGUACAGAGAAGUGUUGCGCUCAUCUGAGGAACACAAAGGAAAACUCAAAACUGAUUCACUUCAGAGACUUCAUGCUACCCAUAACUUGAUGGAAUUGCUGAUAGCCAAGCAUCCAGGGAUACCUCCUACCUUGCGAGAUGGCAGACUUGAGGAAGAGGCCAAACAACUGCGAGAGCACUAUAUGAGCAAGUGUAAUACAGAAGUUGCAGAAGCCCAGCAAGCUUUACAGCCUGUGCAGCAGACCAUACGUGAGCUGCAAAGAAAGAUGCAUUCUAAUUCUCCUUGGUGGCUGAAUGUGAUCCACAGAGCAAUAGAAUUUGCUAUUGAUGAGGAACUUGCUCAGCGAGUGCGAAAUGAAAUAACUAGCAACUAUAAGCAACAAACUGGCAAGCUUUCUAUGUCAGAAAAGUUCCAUGACUGCAGAGGUCUUCAGUUCUUACUUACAACACAAAUGGAAGAGCUAAAUAAAUUCCAGAAGCUAGUAAGAGAGUCUGUAAAAAACCUGGAGGGACCUCCGUCUCGUAAUGUUAUUGAAUCUGCAACAAUCUGCCACCUCCGACCAAUCAGACUUCCUCUCAACUGCUGUGUCUUUUGUAAAGCUGAUGAAUUGUUCACGGAGUAUGAAUCAAAGCUAUUUUCUAACACAGUCAAAGGCCAAACUGCAAUAUUUGAGGAGAUGAUAGAAGAUGAAGAAGGACUGGUGGAUGAUCGAGCACCUACCACCACCCGGGGUCUGUGGGCAAUAAGUGAGACAGAGAGAUCUAUGAAAGCAAUACUAUCAUUUGCAAGAUCACAUAGAUUUGAUGUUGAAUUCAUUGAUGAAGGAAGUGUUUCAAUGGAUCUAUUUGAAGCAUGGAAGAAAGAAUACAAGUUGCUUCAUGAAUAUUGGAUGGCUCUGCGGAAUCGUGUAUCUGCUGUGGAUGAGCUUGCAAUGGCCACAGAACGACUAAGAGUGCGUCAUCCUAAGGAACCUAAGCCCAAUCCCCCCGUUCUUCAUAUCAUUGAGCCACAUGAGGUAGAACAAAAUCGUAUAAAACUACUAAAUGAUAAAGCUGUUGCUACAUCACAGCUUCAGAAAAAACUUGGGCAGCUUCUUUACCUAACUAAUUUGGAAAAGUCUCAAGAUAAAACAUCAGGCGGUAUUAAUCCAGAACCUUGUCCAAUCUGUGCUCGACAGCUGGGAAAACAGUGGGCAGUACUGACCUGUGGGCACUGUUUCUGUAAUGAAUGCAUUGCUAUUAUCAUCGAACAAUACAGUGUGGGGUCUCACAGAAGCUCCAUUAAGUGUGCCAUCUGCCGCCAGAACACAUCUCACAAGGAAAUCUCGUAUGUCUUCACCUCAGAGAAAGCAAGCCAGGAAGAGGACAUCCCUGUGAAGGGCAGCCAUUCUACAAAAGUGGAAGCUGUGAUCAGAACUCUGAUGAAAAUACAGCUGAGAGAUCCAGGAGCUAAAGCUCUCGUCUUCUCAACGUGGCAAGAUGUAUUAGAUAUUAUUUCAAAAGCUCUCACUGACAACAACAUGGACUUUGCACAAAUCAGUCGUGUUAAGACAUUUCAGGAGAAUCUUUCAGCAUUUAAACGUGAUCCCCAAAUCAAUAUUUUGCUGCUGCCCCUGCACACAGGUUCUAAUGGAUUAACUAUCAUUGAAGCAACUCAUGUUCUCUUGGUGGAGCCCAUAUUGAACCCUGCCCAUGAGCUUCAGGCCAUAGGGAGGGUGCACCGAAUUGGACAGACAAAACCUACUAUUGUACACAGAUUCUUAAUUAAAGCAACAAUAGAAGAAAGAAUGCAGGCAAUGUUGAAAACCGCUGAGAGGAGUCACACAAACUCAUCAGUGAAGCAUUCAGAGGCCUCCGUCUUGACCGUGGCUGACCUGGCGGACCUAUUUACCAAAGAAACUGAAGAGCUUGAAUGAACUACACUGGAUUGAAUCCACACACUUUAAUGCAUUAAUAAACUUUCAUAGCUGUAGAGCAAAGUUAUUAGUUUUAAAGUCCGAUAGGUUUCAGUAAAUACUGUUCCUAGUUGAAUGAUUUUUUUUUCUGUUUUGGUUAUAUA